AUGGGCCAUACUAUUACAUCAGAACAUGUUGAGGAGAGUCAAGACAAAGCCAUCCCUGGCCUGCUACAAGAUCCACUCUACGAGGUAUACGUUUCGAAGAGCCCAGAAUGGCACCAAGAGAUGAACCGUACCCUUCUUCGCAAGGUGGACAUCCAUCUACUACCUUUUCUUAUUCUUAUGUAUUUCUUGAACUUUUUGGAUCGCAACAACCUGUCCCAGGCACGACUCGGUUCAUUGGAGAAAGACCUGGGAAUGGUGGACACCGAUUUCAACCUCGCAACAAGCAUUCUAUUUGUUGGAUAUAUCCUCAUGCAGCUGCCAUCUAAUCUUCUUAUCACUCGUGUUCCGCCUGCCCGUUUUCUGGGCAUAGCCAUGGCCACAUGGCAAGUCUCGGCCGCUCAAUCCUUUACUGGAAUUGUUGUAGCACGAUUCUUUCUGGGCUUCGUGGAGGCCCCCUUUUUCCCAGGCGCACUUAUGCUAAUGUCGAGCUGGUAUACCAGACAAGAGCUGGUCCAUCGUGUUGCGUGGUUCUACUCCGGUAGCUCCCUGGCCAAUGCCUUCGGAGGUCUGAUAGGUGCUGGAGUCCUUGGAACCCUUGAUGGUGCAUUGGGAGUUGCAGCAUGGAGAUGGCUCUUCAUUAUUGAAGGUUGCAUCACAGUCGCUGUGUCUGUCACAGCAGCCAUUUUCCUCCCUAACUACCCGGCAUCAACUUCCUGGCUGAAUGAGCAAGAAAAGGCAUAUGCUCAAUGGCGCCUCAUGCAUGACGCUAAAGAAGCAGAUGACGCUACUUCAGUCAGCAUUGUAGAAGGAUUGAAACUAGUCUUCACCGAUAAGAGGGUGUACCUCUUCAUACUUCUUCUGCACACUUCGCUUCUCUCCCAAACCUUCCAGUACUUCUUCCCGACUAUUGUGCAGACACUUGGUUAUGGCAAUAUUGAGACAUUAUUACUCACUGCACCGGUCUGGAUCUUAACAUUCCUGGUCUCACUCCUGGUAACCUGGACAUCUGGCAGGACGAACGAUCGAAGUCUCCAUAUCGUUGCCUUGAACGUUAUCAGUUUCAUCGGGAUCGUUAUUGCUACUGCAACAACAAAUACCGGCGCUCGAAUAUUUGCUAUGUUUCUAAUGCCUAUGGGCGCCGUUUCGGCCUGUACGAUCAUCCUCGCUUGGGAAGCCAACUCAUUCCCUCGACCAUUGGUCAAACGAUCAGCUGCGCUUGCCCUAAUCAAUUUAACGGGUAACGCUUCUUCAAUCUAUGGCAGCUACAUGUGGCCGUCUUCCACAGGCCCACGGUACAUUCCUGGAGGUAGUGCGACUGCUGCGAUCUUACUUGUAGUGGCGGGUCUGGCAUUGACAAUCCGUCUUUUGCAUGUCAAAAUGAAUAAACAAUUGGAAGAAGCUGAGUCCUCGCAAGACGUUCGUCCUGCAGAGAUGGACAAGCCCGACUCUCCACCAGCUGGGUUUCGUUAUAUAUUGUGA